AUGACCAACAAUGACAAUGCCGACUUCCGCCAGUGGAACCGUCUCGCCGACGGUAUGAACCGGUACCACAACAGUUACCGGUGGGAGUACAAGAACGUCUACGAGAACGCUGCGGGCGGCUUCCACGUCAAGGGCCAGUCCCUCCAGGGGUUCCUUCAAGAGGCAGCGCAGCUCGCGAUCCACCUCGGCAACCACCACCGUGUUGAAGAGGCCCAUAUCUUCCCUCUUCUCGCCAAGAAGCUCCCACAGUUUGCCGCCACCAAUUCCGAGCACGUGAAGGCUCACCGCGGCAUCCACGAUGGUAUGGCCAAGUACAGUGCGUAUUUGAGCAAGGCCACGGCCAACCCGUCGAGCUACAACGCCUCGGAGCUUCGCAAGAUCAUGGACGACUUCCACGACGUGCUCUUUGACCACCUCGACCAGGAAGUCAAGGAUAUCGGUGCCGAGUCGCUCAAGAAGGCCGGAUUUACUCUCCAGGAGCUCUCCCGGUUCCCCUUCUAA